GCUAUCAAUAGGAGGGGACAGGCAUUCUCUGUCUCUCUCUCUCAGUACAGGCCUCUUAAAAUAGACAGGGCAACUCAAGAAGCCAUUUUGCCUCCGGUGGAAAAACACAUCAGGGUCUGGGAUUGCGACACCCGUUUCAAUCUGACAGUCUAGCUUUCUUCAUUCUGACCAGGAUCACCAUCACUCUGGAAACUUGCAUAACUCUACUCUCUUCCUCUCCACAAUCCAGUUUCAUUUUUUUCCACAGCAUUCCUUCUGACAUGAUUAAAGCAUGAAAAAACUGAUGGCUUUAGGCCAAAAACUCUGUCCGGGGUCAUGGGGAGACCUGGACCUGAAGAAACCGGCUGGAGCCUGCAAUGGUCCAGACGCGCCGGAGGAGAAGAUGAUCAUGAGGAGGGAGAUUUCUCUCAGUAACGGCAUCUGCUUAAUUGUGGGCAACAUGAUUGGCUCGGGCAUUUUUGUGUCGCCCAAAGGUGUGUUGAUGUACAGCGCCUCCUACGGCCUUUCGCUGGUCAUCUGGGCUCUCGGGGGAAUAUUUUCUGUCUUUGGCGCACUGUGUUACGCAGAACUUGGAACCACUAUCACAAAGUCUGGCGCUAGUUAUGUGUACAUCCUGGAGGCCUUCGGGGGUUUCCUUGCUUUCAUUCGGCUGUGGACGUCCAUCCUGCUGGUCGAGCCAGCCAGCCAGGCGGUCAUCUCGCUGACGUUUGCCAACUACCUGGUGGAAGCGCUCUUCCCUACCUGUCAGCCUCCGUACGAUGCCGUGAGACUGAUAGCAGCGGCUUGUCUCUGUAUUCUGAUCUUCAUAAACUGUGCUUAUGUGAAGUGGGGCACUUUGGUUCAAGAUAUUUUCACGUACACCAAGAUCAUGUCUCUGCUCCUCGUCAUCACAGUGGGCAUCAUUAAAAUAAUUAAUGGAGAAACAAAGAACUUCAUUAGUCCAUUCGAGGGUUCCUCCACGGAGGCGGGCAGCAUUGCCUUGGCUCUUUAUUCAGCUCUGUUCUCCUACUCUGGCUGGGACACGCUCAACUUUGUUACUGAGGAGAUCCAGAACCCUGAGAGGAACCUUCCCAUCGCUAUAGCCAUCUCCAUGCCAAUAGUGACAAUCAUCUACCUACUGACCAACGUGGCAUAUUAUGCCGUUCUGGACAUGCCUUCUUUCAUGGGUAGUGAUGCAGUGGCUGUAACAUUUGGAAAUCAGGUGCUGGGCCCCAUUAGCUGGAUUGUCCCCAUCGCUGUGGCCAUGUCUUGCUACGGAGGACUCAAUGCCUCCAUCAUUGCCGCCUCCAGGUUGUUUUUUGUGGGGGCGAGAGAAGGCCACCUUCCCAACAGCUUAAGCCUGAUCCACGCUGAGCGCUACACUCCUGUACCUGCACUCCUCUUCAAUGGCGUGAUGGGUCUGAUCUUCCUGUGUGUGGAGGAUGUGUUUCAACUCAUCAACUACUUCAGCUUCAGUUACUGGCUGUAUGUGGGUCUGUCUGUGGCCGGACUCAUUUACCUGCGAAUCACUCAGCCUGACAGACACAGGCCGGUCAAGCUCACAUUGUUCUUUCCCUUCAUCUACUGCCUGUGCAGUGUGUUCCUCGUGAUCGUUCCUCUGUACAGCGACACCAUUAACUCUCUCAUAGGAAUCGCCAUCGCACUGUCUGGAGUGCCAGUUUAUUAUCUGUGUGUCUACCUGCCCAAAGAGAAACAACCAAAAUGGUUUGGUAAACUGAAUGAUUCUGUCACCAAAUACACUCAGAUCAUGUGCGUCUGCUGCUUAACUGACCUGGAUGUGGAGCCAGAGAAGUUGGCAGAACCGAAGACCCAAUAACUCUUUCAAGAGCACGCGCCUGGAGCAUGGAUUCCAUCUCUGAGAAAAAGAAAGACUAUUUGUCAAAAACAAAUACCUCAUGGAUUUAUAAACGUCUAGUACAUAUAUCUCACAGAGGUCAAAUUCUGACGACGUCUCCAAGAUAGCUCAGUUUAACUGAAAAGCAAAAUACUGUGUGUAAUUUAUCAUACUGGUGUUUUUCAUUACUUUUUGCCAUUUUUUUUAUUUCAUUUAUUCUGUCAAGGUCUAAAUGAAGUUCCUUGUUAAACCAUUGAUUGAAAGGGAUUGUGCUUAAAGAUACUGGGAGACAUUGGACUUCUUUUUAGUUUCAGACUUGGUGCAAGAAGCUGAAUGUACACGCAAACUGGACGACAUUUUGGGACUAUGGUAUAGACUCGUGGGACUUUCUUGUAAAAAAAA